GACAUUGAGAUACACAGCACUAAAUGCUAACCCUAUGGCCUGCCUGCCUGAGAUUAGCCUCCUGUCUCCAAGGAGCUGCUGGAGAGCUGGGCUCUGGCUGUUUCUAUGUAACAUUACGCAGUUCCUGCCUCUUUAAAUCCACUCAGAUUGUGCCUUGGAGCCCUUGGAGCUGCCCUCCUAAUAAUCCAGGAACACCUGGAGGGGAGAAGAAGUGCCCCAGUGUGCCAUUUAUCCACACAGGAGAGGGGGAGACUGGCAAAGCUACCGGGGAAUCUCAGGGAGCCAAGGAGACAUUGACUUAAAGCAGACGCAGCCAAUGCAGAGAGCAGGGGAGCUGGCAGGAGCCAGACAUCACAUCUCAGGCGCUGUAUGGUGAGGUGUGUGAGGGAGCGGGGGGAGGAGGGAGAAGGGAUAGGCAGCUGCAUUGCUGAUCCCACACUUCCUCCCUGCUAAGCAUCCUCUGCUCUCCCCUAAUAUGCUGGGGUACGUGGGCUUCCACUCGAGUCGGUAGCAUCUCAGCACUCACAUAGGGGUGGCCUGACGACUCCAGAGGGAGGUGGAGCUGCCCCGCUAUACUGCAGAAGCUCUCGGCACGCUGGAUGCUGCUCGUGAGAAGGCGCUCAGGAUGCUCAGACUCACACUGAAUGUGACUUGAUCACUGGGAAGUCCUAUGGCUUCAUCUUAAAGCCCUGCUGCCUCUGUCCCCCCCCUCACCCUGUCAGCAGUUCUAUUGCAUUUUGUGCACGGAUUUGCAAACCGAGUUACAUGCAUGUCCAGUGGGGGAAGAUUUAAUUUUGAUGAUGGAGGGUCCUACUGCGGUGGCUGGCAGGAUGGCAAGGCUCACGGGCACGGGAUCUGCACCGGUCCCAAGGGGCAGGGCGAGUACGCCGGCUCUUGGAGUCACGGCUUCGAAGUACUGGGCACCUACACCUGGCCCAGCGGCAACACUUACCAGGGCACCUGGGCGCAGGGAAAGCGUCAUGGCCUCGGAGUGGAGAGCAAGGGCAAGUGGGUGUACAGAGGGGAGUGGACCCACGGAUUUAAAGGGCGAUAUGGUGUCAGGGAGUGCACGGGAAAUGGAGCCAAAUAUGAGGGAACGUGGAGCAACGGCUUGCAGGAUGGCUAUGGCACCGAGACCUACUCUGAUGGAGGUACUUAUCAAGGCCAAUGGGCUGCUGGGAUACGUCAUGGGUAUGGAGUACGUCAGAGUGUGCCCUAUGGAAUGGCUGCUGUUAUUAGGUCCCCUCUCAGGACCUCUAUAAACUCACUUCGUAGCGAACACACAAACGGAACUGCGUUGCACCCAGAUGCCUCCUCCACAGUGUCUGGCAGCCCUGCAGUAUCCAGGGGAGGCUUUGUACUAAUGGCCCACAGUGAUGCAGAGAUACUGAAGAACAAAAAGAAAGGAAUCUUCAGAAGGUCCAUUCUCAGUGGUCUGAAGUUGCGUAAAUCUGAGUCUAAAAGCUCUCUUGCUAGCCAGAGGAGCAAGCAGAGCUCAUUCCGUAGUGAGGCAGGUAUGAGUACAGUGAGCUCCACAGCGAGCGAUAUAAACUCUACCAUCAGCCUGGGUGAGGGAGAGACAGAGCUCUCUGUCAUUGAGGAUGAUAUUGAUGCCACCACUACAGAGGUCUACAUGGGUGAAUGGAAGCAUGACAAACGCUCUGGUUUUGGGGUAAGCCAACGCUCAGAUGGUCUAAAAUAUGAGGGAGAAUGGGCUAAUAACAAACGCCAUGGCUAUGGCUGUAUGACCUUUCCUGAUGGGACUAAGGAGGAAGGGAAGUACAAGCAUAAUGUCCUGGUUAGUGGGAAGAGGAAGAACCUAAUCCCGCUCAGGGCCAGCAAGAUCCGGGAGAAAGUGGAUCGAGCAGUUGAUGAAGCUGAAAGAGUGUGUAAUAUUGCUAAGCAGAAGGCAGAGAUUGCUGCUUCAAGGACUUCUCAUUCGAGGGCUAAAGCAGAUGCAGCUGCUACAGCAGCACUCAAAGCGCAGGAGGAAGCUCAGAUAGCCAGAAUUGCUGCCAAAGAGUUCUCACCAUCCUUCCAGCAUCGGGAAAAUGGGCUUAAAUGCCAGAGGCCAAAACAUCAGAACUCAAGCGAUGAUAUUGAAGUCAUCUCAACAGAGACUCCACCACAGCAUGACAGCCCUGAACUUUACAUUAAAGGGACUACACCUUCUGAUGUGACCCCUGAUGAUAGCCCUAUGAGGAGCCCUUUGUGCAGCCCACCCUCUACACCACCUCCAGCUCAGCCAGUCCCCAAAUCUAGAAAAAAGAGUGCCCACUUCUCUAGGCAGCUGUCUGUGGAUGAGGACCGGGGAGGGGAUAUCCAAAUGUUGCUUGAGGGAAGGAGUGGGGACUAUGCCAGGCCCAACAGCUGGGGUGAAGUUGGUGGGGGCAGAAUAGGAAUGUCACAGGGAAACCCACUGGGGCCAUGUUCAAUCCCUGAAGACCUUUUGCUUAAGAGCACUGGCCACAAACAUGUUGUUUCCAACCACAAGCCAAGGGAAAGGUGGGCAGACUCCCCAACCACCAUCUCAUGGACUUCACACCGUACACACAACCACAGCCCAAGUGGUAACAAGCUGCUUGAAGUAGAUGAGGAGAAGCUUAGCAAUUAUGAGAUGGAGAUGAAACCCUUGAAGAGAAUGGAUUCUUAUAUGCAAGAAGUACACACCCAAAAAAGACACUUCAGCAAAGCCGGUCCACGGAAUACAUCUGAGGCCCACCAUCUAGAGGACCGCAUGUAUGGAGUCCAGAGACUGAGGUCCAAACCUCAGAACAAAGAGAACUUAAGGCCGGCAGCUUCUGCUGAGCCCACCGUGCAGAAACUAGAUACACUGCGGUUUGGGGAGAAAGGAGACUCAAGGCUUCUAAGAAGAGAUUUGACCCUCUCCCCUCCGCAAAAAUCUUUACCUGUUGCACUAGACUCUGACGAGGAAAAUUCUGCUGAGCUCAAGUCCACGGGCUCGGCUCCCAUCUUGGUAGUCAUGGUGAUUUUGCUAAACAUCGGAGUCGCCAUUUUGUUUAUCCACUUUUUCAUUUGAUGGGACUGCUCAACCCUUUGCAAAAAAAAAAGAAAAAAAAACAGUAAAAAAAAAGUCUGUCAAAAAAAAAAAAGAAAACUGAAAAGUUCAAAGUUCUAGAACACUGAACGCUGCUUACAAAGCCAGGAAUGCAACUAUGGCUCUCCAUCGGCUGGUUUUCGGAUUGAGCCUCUACGUUUUACUAUUUUUUUUUUCCUUUGAAAGGAACAGAAUUGAGUUGUAUUCACAGUUUGCCUUUUUCUCCUUGGGUAAUGUCUUUUUUUUUUGGGGGGGGUAUAUUGUUUUUCUGCUAGUUUGGCAUGAGAGAAUGCAAGAGAUAAUGACUUGAUUUAUUAUUUAUUUUGUUUCCUUUUGUUCAAAGUCCAUCCCUGAGAGUUGCUUUGAAAAUGUGAGUAAUGGGUAAAAUACAGAGACAUACAUCGAAAAGACUUUCUAGGAGUAUACCCACUUUAGAUAUAUAUUGCAGAUACCCCAGUUCAUUGUCAGAGGCAUUCACCCCUCUGCCCAUGAAUGGGUUGUGUCAGGGCUGCCAAUGUUAAGGACUUUGUCUGGAGAUAGAAUUCUAGUUAGCUACGGGCACUGGGAAUGAAUGACUACACGUAAAUGGUUUGAACAUGAAAUUCAUUUAAAAUAAAGGCUUUUUGAUUGGUUGCUAAGGUUUACAGCAUUAUAUAUUAAGAAAGGAGCCCUAGGGCUGUCAGCCAAGACCAGACUGCCAAUCUGUGGAUUCUUGCAAAUACAGUAAGAUGCCACAGUCACUGUCUAUUGGGUCUGUGGGUAUUGUUUGUGCCUGUGUACUUGAAAUGCCAGGGCCUAUUUGGAAUCCCAGUCUAGACCUGCUGGCAGCCCUGGCUUUUGCUAAACCUGAAGGCAAUAAUCCCAGGAAGAGUUGUGCCAAACCUAUUUUAUUUUAUAAUCAUUGCAAGUAAAAUGGAUUCUAGGCAUCCCAAAGAGAUUCACUUUCAUAUAUAGCCAUUGCGCUUUGCUUUACGAUCAACUUAGUGGUUACUAGGGUUUUACACAGAAUGUAAGAGCAGAGAGAUUAUAGGCACAUCUGUACUUUUCCAAACCCAUUCACUUUAUUUUAUCCCUUCUUCUUCUGUUGCCUCAGUCUUUUAUGUUUUUGCUGGUGAAAGCUUUUAUCAAAGUUGAAUACAUAUCAUGCAGGCCUUUAGUUGUCGCUUAUACAUCAGAAACUACAUUGGAACUGGUUGGGAAUGCUUUUUAGUUAAGGGGCCCCUAAUAUAUCAACCUAUUGUGCUUAGUUUUACUUACCGUAUACAUGAGUCACCAGGCCUGGGAAACGCCACCAUGGAACCCAGUAUAAAAAGAUGGAGACAUUUUUUUUCAAUUAUGUGUUUAACCAAGCCUUUAAGGCCCAUGCAAAUUCACAGCAAUGGUGCAUAAUCCUUUAAAUUGUUUAACUUUACAGCAGAUUCUUUUACUGUGUAAACAUGUAGAAUGAGACAAUAGGAAUGUAUGGAUUGGCUCAUCUGCUUCUUGGGAUAUGAUGGUGUGUUGACCCUCCCAGGCUAAUAUUAGAUUGGGGAGACUAUGGCAUUUGAUGACAUUAAUACAGACAGUAUCAUAUUCAGACCCCUUCCAAAAAAACAUAAAUGCUGUGGCCACAUUUAGUGGAAGUAUCUGUUGAUUUCCUAAGCCAAGUUACUUUUUAUAAUCCAUUGCAUGCCUGCUAACAAUUAACUGGCACUGCCAGGUCCAAAUUACCAUCUGCUUGUAUUAUACCAAGAACAGAGGAAUUACAUUCCAGGGUACUGCUAUCAGUAAAGCGUUGGCAAAUCUAUUAAUUUGGAUAUUCUGACAAACAGAAGUUAGCAUCUCAAAAAAAAAAAGGAAAUGUUACACAGAUGCUAUCAGACAUAUGCUGGUAAUUACCUAAAUGCUGGGCAAACAUUCCUAGCUGAGGUUGGGAACCCUGUAUACAACAGGUUCAGGUGUGUAUAUUUCACGUUAAACAGUGUGGCAGCUGUUUCAGCUCGUGCCAGCCCUCACAUUUGAUGCAGUAUCUGUUGAUCCCCAUACUUAAAGGGGACAUUUCUAAUGAAAACAAUCCCUGCGUGUUUCAAUUAGAUUUGACUUAUUCCUUUCUCAGGCCAGUGCCAGCUUGGUUUGCAUUUGGUUUGCAUUUUAGCGGGAACAUAUGAAAAAGGGGAGAUAAAUACUUCAAAUGUUUGGCUUUAGUUCAAGGAAGAGUUAAAAUAAACAUUUGGCAAGGGUCAUGAUUAAAGAGCCCCCACCAACGGAAAUAUUAAGGCUGCUUUAUUUUGCAUGAAAAAACUGUGCUAUUGGUCCAGGUUGCAUAAAAGCUAAUCCACUUUGGGUAGUUUCUGUUCUGUUUAAGAGUUUAGUAAGGAAGCCAUUACAUUAAAAAAUAAACUGUACCAGCUGUCCAUGGGGGUGCAAAUAAUAUUACCGUAGCUUACCAGAGAAGGAUUAAAAAAGUAGUGACAAUCCCUAUGGUAUAACGACGUUAUCUUAUACAUCGAGGUCGGGGGAAGCAAGUUGUAUUGUAGUGUAAUCCUGUGCCAUUUGCAUGUGUCCGUGCCCGUUAUGUGAUUCCAUUUUCCAGGGGAAAGAACUUUCCACAGGGUUCACAAAUUGAAACAGCCGGUGCAGUUUUACAUUGGAAAACGAAAGACAUUGCAUUAAAUCUGCAUGCAGCUGCAUGAAGCAAGUGUCGGUAAUAUCCAUAUUCAGGUGUAUUUUCUAACAAAGUCUUCACUUUCUAACACAUUAAAAGAAACAAAAGACUUAAGCCCAUCAUUGUCAAACAUAUUUAUGGAUGUCAAGCAUCUUUUUGGUGAAAUUCGUCUAUUCUAUUCAUAUAUAGAUAUUAAAUAUUCUAACACUGUUGCCUCAUAUUCUUCCACGCACCAUUUUCAGAAUAGUCUAGAAACCUAGGGAUAGACACAUGGCACAUUCACAGUACAGCGAUACACAGACUGAACACCUGCUUCUAUGAGUG